UUUCGAAGCUUUUCUCUAUUGUUUUCUAGAAAUACCAAUAUUUAACCCAUUGAGAUACUAUUUUAACCUGUGUCCUGUGCUUGUGUCUUCUGCACUCUGGAAAGUCUUGCAUCGUCUCUCAGACCAUCAUCUUCUAACUAUGAUUUUUCAGGUAAAUAUACCUUUUUUUAUAAUUAUGUGCAAUCUUAUGAAAGAAUCCACUAGCCUUUUAUAAAUUUGCACAACAAAACUUAUGCACAAGCAUACCUCUGAUGACUGAUCAUGAUGUCCCCAAACCAGCCGGGUGCUUAACAAACUUGUCAGUUUUAAACAGACCUACCUUGAGUAUAUGAAUGUCAGGACCUUGAAUAAAAAGCUAUUUUAUCAAGAAACUUCAUACAAUGUUUACACAGAAAACAUUGACAGAUUUCUAUAAACCUACCAAUAUGAGUGCUAGGAAGAAAAGAAAAAAUCUAAGCCUCAACAAAGCAUCGCCAACAAAAAUUUCGAAACAUUAUCAAGAUACUUGUAUUCCGGUGAUAAAUUUAGACAGUGAUGAGGAAAACUAUCUAUCUGAGCCUUUUAGUGACACGGAAACAAAAAGAGUAUCAAUAUCAUCAGAGUCCACAAUAAUAUAUUCCCCCGAAACACCUAAAAAGAAUGUGCAGACAUCCAAACAUACAGCAAAACAACCUUCUUCACCUAGUGUAACAAUUUCCGAAAUGUGUACUCCAAGAAUUCCAGAGAUUAAGAGGGAAACUGUUAUUGUGACACCUCCUAAUCUGGUGACGCCGAAAUCUGAAAGUAAACUAAGCAUUUUAGGAGUAUCAUCGUCAACACCUAAUAUUGGACCACCUGAAAUUAAAAAGGAAUCGAUCAAACAUGAACCAGGAGCAUAUUCAAGACAUGAUAUUAUAUUACCACAUUCUAGUACACCACUAUCUGUAGGUGUACCAAAUGUGGAACAUGCAAUGAUUACACCAGAUUCUAACAUAACAACACCAAAAAAGAGUCCCAAAACAUCCCAAUCAAGCACCACAUUGUCUUCACCGCGGUCCAGUAGCGGGACUCCGAAAAAGUUUUUUUCACCAACAAAAAAGCGUGCUUCAAAUGUUAAAAGGACAAAUGCAGCAAGGAAAAAUUUGACUAAUUCUUUAAUUGCUGAAAGUCCAAAAGGAGGAGAAUCUGUUCAAACACAGAGUGUAUUCUAUGAGAAAACUAAUUUUACUAUCAACACUAUAGUGAAUUUUGUAAAUGAACCAUCAUUGAAUACUCUUCUCAAUGAAAGAUCAGUGAAUUUGUUAAAAGCAUUGGUUGAGCAACUCAAACCAAGUGUCAGAUUAGUAUGUAACCUUUACACAAGAAAGGAUAGGUGGUUUAAAUGGAAUGAAAUAAAAUUAAUAAUUGCAAAGAAGACAUCUAAAACAUGUGAUGACAUCGGCUGCCACCAAAUGCUGAGUUCUCUGUUGCAGUCUGAUGUAAUUGCUGCCUCAAAUUACCAAGGGCACAAGCCAUGCUUAAGCUUUGAUGAAUGUGUAGAUGUAUUGAAAAAAGGAGAAUUGUUUGCAGUAUGCCAGCAAUUUAAACUCAAGCCGAAAAAUAAACAACAUUCUAUUGAGCUCCUAAAAGAAUUUUCAAGAAAAAAAUCUAAUAAUAUUUGUUUGUACUUAACUGGUGCUACACAAAGUAACAGUGAAGCAAGAGUUUUACAUAGCUUAUCAGAAAAAUUGGGUGCAUGUUUCAAACUGUCUGAAGAUAUGCGCAGAACGCUCGAUGAGUUGUUCAGGCUGAUGUAUUUGGGGAUCAACUAUGAUAUUAUAAAGGAGAAAAAGUUGGAUUUGACUAUCAUGAAUGAUAUAACUUUGAAAGAGACAUUCCCGUACAAGAAUGCUAGAACCGACAAUGCGAGUGUCGUCUUUGAAACAAGGGAGGAGUUUGAAAGAUAUCUGAAUGCUUUGUCUAUCUAUGACGAAUAUAAUUCUACUUCUAGUUGUUUAAAUUAUUGCGAUUGUGUCAAGAGGAUCUAUCAAAUGUAUCGGGAUAUUAAUGAAGAUGCUAUGAAAAGAUAUGUGGCAAUGCCUGUGUGGCUCCACAAAUUCGCACCGCCAUAUAUAUUUAACAAAAUUCUGGAAGACGGUAUAAAGUUCUUAAAACAAGAGGGGUCACCAGAGAGUAUAAGUCUAGCGCUGGAGAUAUUGUCUAUGCUCAUCGCACAGACUACGUUCAGACAACAUAAAAAGUUAGAGUGGUAUUCCGAAAAGGCGCUUAUUCUGGAUAAAUUUCAGUCGAAACCUGAUGAGGCUGCAUUCGUGUUGCUCGAAGGUUUGAAUUUGGAACAUCGUGACGAAGCGAAGGACGUUUUACGCAAACGAGCGAGUUUGUUGGCUAAACGCAAGACGAAAACAAUAAGCCCAGAAGUACAGAUAGAGCUACUGAAGUAUGCGGAAGUAGAAGACAGAUUGGAGAAACAGUUUGACUCUAAACACAUUUACAAGGCGCCUAUGGAAAAUAGUCGAGGAGGUAAACUGAAAUUCGAAACGCGGUUGAAUGGCGAAAUUCUAGUUCAAGAUGCUGAGGAUUUCUGUCUUUCGGAAUACUUACGAAGUGGAGAGUACACACACGGAGGUCACUGGGAGGGAAGGAUUAUUACGACGAUCUUCUUCCUCCUCCUAUGGGAUGAGAUUUACAACCAGGAUUAUUUAAUACCUCGCGUACCGGGAGUAGUGUUAUGUCAAUACCAGGUAUACCCCCUGGAUCUGCACGGGGAGGGGUUCUACCGAAACCGAAAGAAGAUUAUAGAACAUCGGUUGAAGGAAAUACAAAGUAUGAGUGUGGAGAAGAUAUUGGAGGAGAUGAAGAGGGUGUGGGACACUAGGCCUGAAUACGAGGUGUCAGGUAUAAACCGCGCUAUACCGUAUGAGGUGGUCUCUGGCGCGGCGGAGUGUGUGGGCGGGGCCGGCCUGGCGGCGCUCUGUCGCCGGCUCGCGACGUGCUACGGACACGCCCACAGCGGCUUCCCGGACUUGACCGUGUUUAACUGUCAUACUAAGAAGAUAAUGUUCGUAGAGGUGAAGACGGAUUCAGAUCGUCCUUCGAUGAGACAGCUCCAGUGGAUGCAGUUCCUCCGAGACCACAACCUGCCAGUGCAGUUCUGUUACGUCGGCACGGAAACCGCCAAGUGUAAGGCGAGGUCGUAGCUAGACAGUGGCGGCCCUAGGGGGAGGCAAACGGGGCAAUCGCCCGUGGCUUCGUGCUUGCAGGGGCCUCGCAAGGUGUUUUUUUGGAAGAGCUACUUUCGAGGUGACUUCGAAGUGACAACUAGUAAUCUAGAGCUACCAGUGAAAUCUUCGACUUGGCUACGACCUCGGAUAUCGUGGUUUUUUUGGAAGAAAAAGGGCAAAGGCACAGGGCCUCGCAAAGACCUUCCACCCGACGCCUCGCAAUGGGUAAGGCCGCCACUGUCACUAAAGGAUGAUAUAUGAAAGCGCACGGGAAUACUAAGAUUCACCAUACCAUUAGAGUUAGUAGGAUUCCUUAACAUAAAAUACGGUCCCAUCCUGAAGAAAGCGUGAAACUUGGCAUGAAUGUAGCUGUCAUAUGUGUGCUUCAAUGUAGAUAUGGAAGCACGUCCAGAAAUAAUGUUUUCCCCCCUCCCCCCCUCUUUUUAUCUCCCUCAUUUCGGUUUUUCGAAUUUUCGACGAAAACGAUAAGACUGAGGAGUUUACUCUUCAAAGAAGAAAUCAUCGUCGAUUGCCGCAUAACAAUUGAAUAUCUAUUACGUCUGUGAUUCUGUGUAGAUAUGGAAGCAAUAUCUACAUUGAAGCACAUUUAUGACAGCUACAUUCAUGCCAAGUUUCAUGCUUUCUUUAGAAUGGUACCAUAAAAUUGAUUUUUGUUAGGAAAAGGAGCCGUACUAAGUUUAAAUCACAUCCGAGAAAAAAAACUAAGAUCACAAAUUGCGGUUUGUACUUGAUGAUAGGAUAUAGUUAUUAGGUAGGUAAGAUUAGGGUGUUAUAUUAUGUAAAAUUUAAUAAAAACAAAAAAGUAUAAUAAAAAAAAUUAAAAAUAAAAUAUUAUAAAAAAUGAAUCCAGCAUGGGAUAUAUAGCUGGGGGAACUUAAAAUACUAUGAGUGGACUGUGGAAUAAAAAGAAGAAAAAAAUAUAAAAAAAACAAUAAAAUAAAAAUAUAAAAAAUUCAAUGGCAUAAUGUGCAGGUAGCUUAA